AUGGAUCGCCUCCGUCAUGACCCGGAAGAAUCAAAACGCAAGAGCCUGGGAUUCAUCUUGAGUCUAAGUGCAGGAUGGUUCGGUCUGCAACAAAUAUUCACCGUAUUCUUCGGAAGCGGCUAUUUCUACCUGGCCUCGCUGGGGUUUCGAGACACCACGAUAUCUCUCAUGUGGCUGUCCGGCCCCAGCGCCGGUCUAUUCUUCCAACCGGUGAUCGGCGCCAUGAGCGACAGCUGUACUCAUCCCUGGGGUCAACGACGCCCUUUUGUUGUCAUUGGCACUCUCGUCCUGAUCUGCGCUAUGCUAUCGCUAGCAUGGGCCGAGGAAAUCACCACGGCCUUCUCACCGGCUCCAAGGUGGGAAAUAAGCGCCAGAGAGCAAGAUCACCAUGCCUCGUCAUGGGGUCUGUCUACCCUUGUGACGGCAAGCAUUCUGGUGGCGAACUUUGCCAUACAGCCUGUGCAGCUGGGCCUCCGCGCUAUGGCUACUGACCUUGUUCCAAUACACCAGCAAGCACAAGCGCAGGCGUGGAUAGCGAGGCUGAACUUGAUGGGCAGUCUCGUUGGGUACGGCAUCGGCUCAGCCGAUCUUGCCGGAAAGCUACCUUUUCUUGGUCACUCUCAGUUCCAGAUUUUAUGCAGCCUGGUGUCGAUAAACCUGGCAAUCUGCGUUUCGAUCACCUGCUCUCUUGUUCAAGAAAGAAGACAAACCCCGCUUCUGUCGCCCAAGAAGCCUCAAAGACCUCUUCUCGUACGCUUGAGAGAGCUGACUGUGGUGAGGCGGGUCUGCGUUGCGCAGGUCUUCUGCUGGUUGGCGUGGUUUCCCUUCCUGUACGAUAUUUCAAAAUACGUCGGAGGUCUCCAAAGGGACAGCAAUUUACGCUCAAACGUCGGAGGCGUGGCUUCGCACAAAGGAGACAUGACCCGAGCCGGCUCCUUCGCCAUGCUGAUUUUCGCUUCGGUGUCCCUGGUCGCGUCUGUAAUUCUUCCUCGGCUAGUUGUAACGCCAGCUUCGUCAGAGUUUCCAGACGAAACGCGACGGAAGCAUCGCACCUGGAGUUUUCGAAAAGGCUUCGGAUCUCUUCGUCGUAUAUGGCUGGCUUGUCAGAUCAUCUUCUGCAUCGGUAUGAUGUCCACAUUCAUCUUCGAUAGUCUGGAGUCAGCAUAUGUCCUGGCAGCUCUGACAGGAAUACCUUGGGCGGCUGGCACAUGGAUUCCUUUCACCUUGAUCUCGCAAGAUAUCCGUCGCGCGCAUGGCGACAUGCUGGGGGCAGUCGAUGGAGACGACGCCGAGGACCUGGCCGCCACGGUCGUCGGCAUUCACAAUGCCGCGAUAAGUGCGCCUCAGAUUGCUGCAGCUCUGGGGAGUAGCCUUUUAUUCCUCCUCGUCAGUUCUCAAGGUCCCCACGGGGCUGGGCAAAACAAUGGCUUGGAGGUAUGGCUAUUGAGGGCUGGAGGCUUGUCGGCUUUGGCUGGCGCGUGGUUGAUCAAGAAAUUACCGGAAGGGAGUUGA